UUCCAAUCCCCUCCAAAUCAUGUGAUUCAGGUGUUCCAAUCCCCUCCCAAUCAUGUGAUUCAGGUGUUCCAAUCCCCUCCAUGGACACAGGUGUAUACAAUCAAGCCCCUAGGCAUGAAGACUGCUUCUACAAACAUUGGUGAAAGAAUGGGUCGCUCUCAGGAGCUCAGUGACUCCAAGCGUGGUCCCGUGAUAGGUGGCCACCUGUGCAAUAAGUCCAUCCGGGACAUUUCCUGGCUACUAAAUAUUCCACGCUCAAACGUUGAAAAAAAAGUACAAGGUUGCCCAGUAACAAGGUGAAAAGAAAACCCA